UCGUCCUGUUCCAUUUUGUGGUUCGCGUUGCCCUACCUACAGUUAGGAUAUGACUGGACUGACCGCGCUGAGAAUGGAUGCAAAUAUUGUCGUACUAGGAACAGAUAAUGUUGGCAAAUCAGCACUUACUGUUCGUUUCCUGACCCGGAGAUUUAUCGGAGAAUAUGGAGAAAUUGAGUCAAUUUAUAGUAACAGUGUUAUUGUGGAUGGAAGACAGCAAACUGUCAAUAUAUGGGACUCACCAUAUUCACAGGAGGGCAUGUCCCCUGACUCCACCACAUUGGAGAAGAGGCUGCAAUGGGCUGAUGGCUUCAUCCUGGUCUACAGCAUCUGUGACCGAGCAAGUUUCAACAACAUAAGCAAACUCCUUCUGAGCAUAAAGGCCACUAAGGACUACGUAGGCUUAGAAAAGGUGCCUGUGGUUAUUGUGGGCAACAAGCAGGACUUGCAGCACCGGCGGAUGGUGCUCAGUGAGGAGGGCUGGUUGCUCGCGCUCUCAGCUGACUGCCAGUUCUACGAGGUCUCAGCCGCAGAGAACUACCACAGCAUCCUCAUGGUGUUCCAUGGCCUGGUCAAAAGCAUCAGGGAGUCGAGAUUGGCCAUCAAAAAGCCAGCAGGCAUCAAGAGCAUCGUCAAAAGCGUGUCUGCAGUGUUUGCUCGGAGGCAGACCGACUCUCUCCCACAGGUGCUCUCCUCCAGUACUGCACUUUGCUCUGUGACAGUGCCUAAGACAACGUCAUCCAGAGUAGCCUGCGCUCUCCUGUCACCGUGGUACAAGCCUCACUGCUAGUGUAUUUGCUUCUCUUAGUUUUGUUUCACCAUUAAACAUUAGUCUUUAUUGCUGUGG